AAUCGUAUUCUUUCAGCGGUUGUGUGGGUCUUGUGGCUAUAAUCGCACGAUCCGCAAAGCCUAUAAAUACAGAACGCAUCAGGGAAGAACACGAAAAUAAACUUUUGUUGUAAGGAAACAAAAUCAGGGAGAGAUGGCAACCACAUGCAACGAGACAGCGACCAACAAGCGGGUCAUACUGCGAGAUUACGUCACCGGUUUCCCCAAGGAAUCUGACCUCAUCUUCACCGACUCCACCAUCGAUCUAAAGAUUCCAGCGGGAUCCAAGACUGUAUUGGUGAAGAAUCUCUACCUUUCUUGCGAUCCUUACAUGCGCAUUCGCAUGGGGAAGCCCGAUCCCGGCACUGCUUCGCUCGCUCAAGCUUACAACCCUGGCGAGCCAAUCUAUGGGUUUUCAGUGUCUAAAGUGAUAGACUCUGGCCACCCGGAUUUCAAAAAGGGAGACUUAAUUUGGGGAUUAGUUGGAUGGGAGGAGUACAGUGUUAUAACUCCAGAUUUUUCACAUUCCAAGAUCCAACACACUGAUGUUCCGUUAUCAUACUACACUGGACUUCUCGGUAUGCCCGGCAUGACUGCCUAUGCUGGGUUUUAUGAAAUCUGUUCUCCUAAGAAAGGAGAAACCGUCUUCGUGUCAGCUGCAUCUGGUGCAGUUGGUCAGCUCGUGGGACAAUUUGCAAAGAUUAUGGGCUGCUAUGUCGUUGGAAGUGCAGGCAGUAAAGAAAAGGUUGAUCUUCUCAAGAACAAGUUCGGGUUUGAUGAAGCUUUCAAUUACAAAGAAGAGCAAGACCUUAGUGCUGCCCUGAAGAGGUGUUUCCCAGAAGGAAUCGACAUAUACUUUGAGAACGUAGGAGGCAAAAUGCUAGACGCAGUGCUCCUAAACAUGAAGUUACACGGCCGUAUCGCUGUAUGUGGUAUGAUCUCGCAGUACAAUCUGGAGGACCAAGAAGGCGUACACAACCUAGCAACUGUUCUCUACAAGCGGGUUCGGAUUCAAGGGUUUGUGGUCUCUGACUACUUCGACAAACACUCCAAGUUCCUAGAUUUUGUGCUUCCCUAUAUAAGAGAUGGGAAGAUAACUUAUGUUGAGGAUGUAGUCGAAGGGCUCGAGAACGGACCUUCAGCUUUGCUUGGCCUAUUUCAUGGUAAGAACGUCGGGAAACAACUCAUCGUGGUUGCUCGUGAAUGAAUCAGGCGUUUGAGUUUUUCCUCGAAAAUAAAGCCUUCUCGUAGGCGUAUUUUUUACGAUUGCUUUUUGGAUUUUUGUUUGUUUAAUUCUUUGAUUGGUUACUAAUUAGCCAAAUAAUAAUUGUUUUUUUCUUUUACUAAAAAGCCAAAUUACAAUUU